AUGGCUCAAAAUCCGAAACUAAGGCCGGCGCGUUCAUUAUCUAUUUCAUCUGCUGCAGCUUCUUCAUCAUGGUCUGGUCCAACAGAUCAUAAUCAUAGCCCGACUUCACCUGUAUCAACAGAUAUGGCAUGGAAUCAAGAUUCAAAUCAUCUGAGCGUUCAUCACGCCUCACAUCGUGGACAUUCCCUCUCCAUUGAUGGGGAUACUCUCCGUCCACGAUCGGGCUCAUUCACUUCAAAUACAGAUACAACAGCUCGCUCUAGAGCCAACUCCGAUGUUAGCACGAUGCCCCACUACAAUAUCAACAACUCAUUAGUCUAUGAUGAUGUCCCGUUAUCCGAAGCCUUAACACCAGAUGCUCGAGAUGAAGCGGAUUUUCACGUCGACGAGAAUCGCUUCGCGUUCUCACCGGGCCAACUUAACAAAAUGCUGAACCCAAAAUCCCUCGCCGCCUUUCAUGCCUUGGGUGGCUUGCAAGGCCUUGAGUGUGGUCUGCGGACAGAUAUACGGGCUGGAUUAUCUGUUGAUGAAGGUCGAUUAGCUGGUACAGUCGACUUUCAGCAGGUCACUCCUCCUUUAUAUGACAGACGACCAUCUAUCAGCAAGGCGCCCGUUGAAGAGAAUGAGAUUAUCUCAGCUCAGUCAUCGGCGCCGGUGUCUGUUGGUGGUGGUGAACCGUAUGAGGAUCGGGUUCGUGUAUUUGGUCAAAAUAAACUGCCGGCGAGAAAGUCAGCGAGCUUUUUGAAACUUUUUUGGAUCGCUUACAACGAUAAAAUCAUUAUUUUGUUGACUAUUGCUGCUAUUGUGUCUUUGUCAUUGGGUAUUUAUGAGACUGUGUCUGGUGGUACUGGUGUGGACUGGGUGGAGGGUGUUGCUAUCUGUGUGGCGAUUUUGAUUGUCACCGUCGUCACCGCUGUCAAUGACUGGCAGAAGGAAAGACAAUUUGCAAAGUUGAACAAAAGGAACGAUGAUCGUGAAGUCAAAGUCGUCCGUUCGGGAAAGUCAAUGAUGAUUUCCGUAUAUGAUAUCACCGUUGGCGAUGUGCUCCACCUGGAACCAGGAGACUCUAUUCCUGCCGAUGGUAUUCUUAUCUCAGGACACGGAAUCAAAUGCGACGAAUCAUCUGCUACUGGUGAAUCAGAUCAAAUGAAGAAGACAGACGGCAAUGAAGUCUGGCAGCGUAUCAUCGAGGGCAGAGCUACCAAGAAGCUUGACCCUUUUCUGAUUUCAGGAAGCAAGGUUUUGGAAGGCGUUGGCACCUAUCUGGUUACUAGUGUUGGGCCUUACUCUUCAUAUGGUCGGAUUAUGCUUUCGUUGCAGACAACUAAUGAUCCUACGCCGCUUCAGGUGAAGCUUGCGAAAUUGGCUGAUUGGAUUGGAUACCUUGGCUCAGCUGCCGCAAUAAUCCUGUUCUUCAUAUUAUUGUUCCGUUUUAUUGCUGAUCUUCCGAAUAACGACGCAACGCCUGCUGUCAGGGGCAAGGAGUUCGUAGAUAUUUUGAUCGUCGCCGUUACUGUUAUUGUUGUCGCGAUUCCAGAGGGGCUCCCACUGGCUGUAACGCUUGCUCUAGCAUUUGCUACUACUCGCAUGGUCAAGGAGAACAAUCUCGUCCGUGUUCUUCGAGCCUGUGAGACGAUGGGAAAUGCAACGGUUAUUUGUUCCGAUAAAACAGGAACUCUAACACAAAAUAAAAUGACAGUCGUUGCUGGUACUUGGAGCUCAACUCAAAGCUUCAGUCAGCCUUCUGAGGACACACCAGAGGUUACCGACAAUGAGACGAUGAGUACCUCGAAAGCUUUCCAAAGUCUCUCAGCACCAGUGCGGGAUCUUGUUAUCAAAAGCGUUGCUUUAAAUUCAACAGCCUUCGAAGAAGAGAAAGAUGGCCACAAGCAGUUCGUUGGAAGUAAGACGGAAGUCGCUCUUCUGCAAAUGGCUCAAGACUAUAUUGGCAUGGACCUCGUUUCAGAACGUGGAUCUGCUGAGAUCGUUCAAGUCAUUCCCUUUGAUUCUGCGCGGAAGUGCAUGGGCGUUGUAUACCGUCACCCGGUAAUUGGAUACCGUUUGCUUGUCAAGGGUGCCUCGGAGUUGAUGGUCAACGCUUGCACGACUCAGAUUACGGAUAUCGACGCCUGUAAGAGCUCAAUAUACACCGCCUCCCUUUCUCAGGACGAUAAACAAACGAUUUUGGAUACUAUUGAUCGCUACGCGAACUCAUCUCUUCGCACUAUUGGUCUUGUAUACAGGGACUUUGGCUCUUGGCCUCCUACUCAGACCAAGAAAUCAGAUGAUACGUCCGAUUUUGAUUUCGAUGGUAGCUUCCACGAGAUGACUUGGGUUGGAGUGGUGGGCAUUCAAGACCCCCUUCGUCCGGAGGUCCCCUCUGCCAUUCGCAAGUGUCACUCCGCAGGAGUCCAAGUGAAGAUGGUAACCGGUGACAACAUUGCAACGGCCACUGCCAUUGCCACUUCCUGUGGUAUCAAAACUGAAGGUGGUCUUGUGAUGGAAGGCCCCAAGUUCAGACAGCUAUCCGAUGAAGAAAUGGACCAGGUCAUCCCGCGUCUUCAAGUCCUAGCACGUUCCUCACCCGAGGACAAGCGUAUUCUCGUUGAGCGUCUCAAGAUCCUCGGUGAAACUGUCGCCGUUACUGGUGAUGGUACUAAUGAUGGACCUGCUUUGCGAACUGCUGAUGUUGGGUUCUCCAUGGGUAUUGCUGGGACUGAGGUUGCUAAGGAAGCUAGCUCGAUUAUCCUCUUGGAUGACAACUUCCGGUCUAUUGUUACUGCCAUUUCUUGGGGACGAGCUGUUAAUGAUGCCGUCGCAAAGUUUUUGCAGUUCCAAAUUACUGUCAACAUUACGGCUGUGGCUUUGACUUUUGUGUCAUCGGUUUACAGUAGUUCAAACAGCAGUGUUCUCAGUGCUGUGCAGCUACUCUGGGUUAAUCUUAUCAUGGAUACCUUUGCGGCCCUGGCUCUUGCCACUGACGCCCCGACAGAACAAAUUCUGGACAGAAAACCAGUCCCCAAGAAUGCAUCCCUCUUCACAUUGACUAUGUGGAAGAUGAUUCUCGGUCAGGCUAUUUAUCAACUAGCCAUUACCUUCAUGCUUUACUUUGCCGGUGACAAAAUUCUCAAAUCACACCUUGCCACGGACGACCCAGCUCUACGCUCUAAACAAUUAUCUACGGUUGUAUUCAACACAUUUGUAUGGAUGCAGAUAUUCAACGAAUUCAAUAACCGCCGCCUGGACAACCGCUUCAACAUAUUCGAAGGAAUGUUCAAAAACUAUUGGUUCCUCGGUAUCAACGCGAUCAUGAUCGGCGGACAAGUCAUGAUCGUAUAUGUUGGAGGCGAGGCUUUCGGCGUAACCCGGCUCAGUGGUAUUCUCUGGGCUGUAUGUUUGAUCUGUGCGAUCGGGUGUCUCCCAUGGGCCGUUGUCCUCCGUCUCAUUCCCGAUCGCCAUUUUGGGGUUGUGUUCAAUGCUAUUGUUAAGGCCUUUUCUUUCAUUCUCAGACCAGUUCUGAGACUUUGGAAUGCUUUUGCUUGUGGUGUGGGAGCUUUGUUUCAGCCAGUGGCUCGAUUCUCUCGUCGGGUGUUUUCAUGGAAGAAUGCACAACCUGACGAGGAGGGCUUUGCUGUAGUACCGGCUCAUUCUACAUCUACUGAUGAAGAGAAGCUUACCUCUGAGAAACUCGGUUCGAAUGAUCUUCCUGAGCGACCCCGUACACCGCCAGCGAUUUUGGUUCCUCCUAUUACAGUGACUGUUUCCCCUUGA